GGUGCGUGCAUCCGUCAAUAAGUUACGUAGGUCAAAAAUGUAUUUACCCAAAUUCUAUAAAUGGUCUAUUCAGCCAGUAUAAAGUUGCAAAUUACAUUUAGUUUGCCCCUCCAGAAAUAUGAUGUAUGUUAUCCUAAACAAGGUUGCAUGGUGCACACCUCACGUGCUCCAAUUGGUGCGGUCCUGAAAACGAACACUUCCUCGGCUUCAAAUUGAGUGCACUAUUUACAACUCAAUCGCAACCUCGCUGCCAAAGGUUGAGGGAGCAUGCAGUUUGCUUUCAAGUUAGCGUUAAACGAGGUACUUCAAAGUGGGGUCUCUCCGACUGAGGUUUAAUAUAGCUACCAUUCUCCUCCUUGCAACGGUUGUGAUUCACUGCAUCAUAUGGACAAGGGACAAUCGCUGGUUCAUGGGGCUUUAUGCUAGAGUGAGCCAGCCAAGGCAGAGUCUUACACCCCGCAGUGUCUAACGUUACGGAUUCUCCAAUACAUCAAGCCGCAUUGCUACAUGGAGCUAUCAGUGUUGGGUUGACUUAAUUCAGCUUUUUACACCAGAUGUGUUGUAGACUACGUUUGCAUUUGGUUUCGCUGAUUAUUUACUCUAGCAUCGAUAAUAAUGGACUGAAAGUUGCGGGUAAACAACAACAACCUGCAGUGAUUUCUUGUUUGUAUAAAUGAUAGAGGAUACGAUGACACUGUUGUCUCUUUUGGGUCGGAUCAUGCGUUAUUUUCUGCUCAGACCAGAGACCUUGUUCCUUCUAUGCAUAAGCCUUGCUCUGUGGAGUUACUUCUUCCACACUGAUGAGGUGAAAACCAUCGUCAAGUCCAGCCGGGAUGCUGUCAAAAUGGUCAAGGGGAAAGUGGCGGAGAUUAUGCAGAAUGACAAAUUCGGGGGUCUCGACGUUCUGGACGCAGAGUUCUCCAAAACUUGGGAGUUCAAGAGCAACAAUGUGGCGGUGUACUCCAUCCAAGGCCGGAGAGAUCACAUGGAAGACCGCUUCGAGGUCCUCACUGACAUCGUGAACAAGAGUCACCCUUCUAUAUUUGGGAUUUUUGAUGGCCAUGGGGGAGAGGCGGCGGCUGACUUUGCCAAGGCCCAUCUGUCGGAGGCGCUGCGUCAGCAGCUCCUGAGCUACGACCGAGAGAAGGAGAAGGAGAAAGAGAAGGAUGAAAAGGAGCGCAGCGACGGUCUGUCCUAUUCCUCCAUUCUGGAGCAGCAGAUCCUGGCUCUGGACAGGGACAUGUUGGACAAGCUGUCAGCCGUCUACAACGAAGCAGGUACCACAUGUCUGGUGGCCCUGCUGUCUGAUAAAGAGUUGACGGUGGCGAACGUUGGCGACUCGCGCGGAGUCCUCUGUGACAAAGACGGCAACGCCAUCGCCCUGUCACAUGAUCACAAGCCCUACCAGCUCAAAGAACGCAAGAGGAUCAAGAAAGCUGGUGGCUUCAUCAGUUUCAACGGUUCGUGGCGUGUUCAGGGCAUCCUGGCCAUGUCUCGCUCGCUGGGCGACUACCCUCUGAAGAACCUGAAUGUGGUCAUCCCUGACCCUGACAUCAUGACCUUUGACCUAGAUAAGCUGCAGCCAGAGUUUAUGAUCCUGGCAUCAGACGGGCUGUGGGAUGCGUUCAGCAACGAGGAGGCUAUACGCUUCAUCAAAGAGCGCCUCGACGAACCCCACUUUGGCGCCAAGAGCAUCGUCCUGCAGUCUUUCUACCGCGGUUGCCCAGACAACAUAACCGUCAUGGUGGUCAAGUUUAAAGGUGCCGGUGGCAAGGCCGCAGAGCAGUAGACCUACUGAUGCAUCCAAACGAGAUCUAUAUUAUAUAUGUACUGUAUGUAUAUGCAUAGGUUUAAGAGAAAAGACAAAACAAGCCCCCAGUUUUUGGAGCGAGAACUGUUUGUAUCGAAGAUAUUUACAGAAAUUAGCCGUUCACCACCAUGAUGCAAACACUAAAACGUACACUUACAAAUUCACUCAUUCUCUCCAACAGUCACUUGUUAUGUUUUUUUUCUUCAAUCUCCAUAACGUGUCAUUUAUGUUUUUAGUUUUUUUUAAGCAGUCAUAUUCUCCAGGCCCUACAUUGAGUCACUGUUUUGCAUAAGAGGUACACCGAGAUAUUGACAUAAUUUGAAGUCGAGGCAGUGAUUUGUACAUCUCUGAGAGAACCUUUAUCAGCAGAUGUCUCAUCUGAUUGGUGCUUACAUACAUCAGAGCACCUGUAACUGGGCACCUGUUUGGUUAGCCGGAGGGGCUAAAUAGUUGGUAUGUUUUAAAGAGAGAUGAGACUAGACAAACUUAACUGUGUUCUCUUCUGUUUUGUCUGGCAUGGCCUAUUUUGGGGGGGACGGACACAAUGUGACUGAUUGGAUUUAAAUGGCAUUAGGAGAUACGUACAUGCUCUGCAGUCCUAAUCAAUGGACUGUUGCUUGCGUGAGUGCAUCAUAUCAAAUUAGUCUUAUAGAAAUCACAUUCAGUUUGAUGCUUCACUGUCCCCCCUUGAUUUCUAACAUUGUUCUGUCAUUCUAUUCUGAACAUUCCAUCUUGUCUGUCGGCUCCAUAGACUUUAAAACCAGUCAGCUCCCGAUCUCCAUGUUGAUUUUUGACCUGCAGUUGAGUACCCCCCCCCCCAAUUGACUGCACUGAAAAUUGCAACUGUAUUUUGAAGUUCUGAAAUGUAUUGGUACUAAAUAUAAUAUUCCUUUCCUCAUUCAUGCAAACUACUAAUGAUGUCAUCUAUGCCUGUCUGUCAACAACAAUCUGUGUAUAACCCUCUGCCCAGAAUGCAUUUCUAUAACGCUAAUCCCCAGUUAACCCUGAUCUAGGAAUGAGUGGCACUUUGACAAUAGUUGCACAAAUGUUUGCGCCAUGCUGUUAUUGUUAUGUCAGUCUUUUUGAAUUAAGUAUACAAAUACAUUUUCACAGGCGCAAUGGCAUUGUACUGUUUGAAUAGUCUACACGUCUUUUAUUCUUAUCAUUGGCAGCCGAUUGUCUUUCUGAAGUUGGGUUUAGUUCUAUGGUCUCAUGCUCCCUCUACAUCAGGGUUCUCUGGGGUGGGAGAGUACACAGUAAAAAGACCAUCCAUGUCACUGCCUGUCAUAUUGUACAGUUAACUUUUUAAGUUUAUUUCUGUCAACUGACGGACUCAAAACAUAAUAUGAAGCCUUUGAAUGAAAUAUGUACUUGUUGCCUUAUUUUUUUAAAUAUACAUUUCCUCAUUUGUUGCCAAAACAAACUCCUUGGUUUCUAAUGUAACGUUUGACAUGCCAUUCACAUCGCAUGUAUAUAUCAUAUGUCACRUAUAUAAUACCAUCACAGAUGUCUCCAUGAGACAAGGAAGUGUAACAUGAAUGUACAUGCUGUUCCCAUGUUAUCCUCCCCCUCCACAUCUGCAAUGAAGAAAGCAAUGCACCAACUCUUUGGUAGAUUAACAAAAGCAGUAUGUACUUGAUUAGUAUGUUUKUAUGUGCUUUUUCAGUUGUACAUUCUUCCAAAAUAAUGUAUGUUACAGAAUGUUUGUGGACUUUGUAUUAGUUUUUGUUGAAUUUAAGAAACUGUAAAAAAGAUCUGUGAAUUUUAAGAAAAUCAAAUGGAUGAUAAUAAUAAAAGGAUUAAUGAUCAUAA